AUGGCAAAGAACAUCGACUCUUUCGAACUUACGACCGGAAUCGGACGUCUGCGGAUGAGAAGAUGUGGUCCAACACCAGCUUUGACUAUCUUCGUCGCUUGCGCUCCAACAUCAAGGUACGAAGAAGAAGAAGUCGAAGCUUCUUAUAUGGACGUGGAGAAGUUCUACCGAGAAGAUCAUGCCUUUUGCAAGGUCAUAAUUGGCUAUUUCAACGCCAAAGUUGGCCCAAGAAGAACGCUAGAGGAACUUCACAUCGGGACACACCGACUACAAUAG